AUGAAGCUAUACCUUCUUGUUCUGUUGGUUACUGCUGUCCUAGUUGGGAUUGCUGACGCAAGCAAGAAAUCCAAACUGGUGCUAGCUGGCACUCCUACUCCCAAAUCAGGGAGCAACGUCAGCAAGACGUUUCUGAGAGCUGGUAAUACAGACGAUAAAGAGCAUGAAGAGAGAGGAAUGUUGGCGAAAAUUCCGGGGAUAAACAAGAUAUCACAAGUCUUUACAUCCGCCAAAGCUCCAAGAUGCCGACGAGUCUCUAGGGACGCCUUCAAAUCGCUAGGGCUAAGCAAAUUGGCCAUCGGCAAGAGCGACCAUAUCGAGACGGAUCUGGUGGCUAAACUCUUUUCGAGCCCCAACUUUAAAAUUUGGGCUCAGCAUGCUACUUACGUCAACAAACAGGACCCAGAGGGCGCGAUGCUUGCCGCUCUGACGAACGUCUUUGGUGAGAAAGAAGUGGCGACGAUGAUUUUAGUGGGGAAGCUUAGAAGGAGAUCAAAGGGUAUUGCCCAGAAGCUGGAGACCGCGCAGUUCAACAAGUGGUACUUGAAGGGGCUUGCAGCAGACGACGUUUUCCGGCAGGUUCUGAAGGCGAAUCGAGGCAAGAUUCGUGGCUACGGGAGAUUCAUGGGUAUUUGGGAGGACUACUCGAAAUAUAUCAUCAAGAGAGUGGUGAACUAUUAG